AUGGUUACGGUCGCUAAGAACGCGCCACGUGGCGCGACCAGCGCCCCUCGUCAGACGCUCACCGUCGUCGACAAUCGUACUGGAAAGUCUUACGAGCUCCCCAUCCAACAUAACUCUGUACUGGCAACGGAUAUCAAGAAGAUUAAGGCGGCACGCGGUAAUGAUCGCCCCGAAGAUGAGACUGACCAGGGUCUCCGCGUUUACGACCCGGCCUACAUGAACACCGCCGUGGUCCAGAGCAACAUCACCUACAUCAACGGACAAGAGGGUAUCCUCCGGUAUCGUGGCUACCCCAUCCAGCAACUCGUAAACAAGUCACAUUUCUUGGAGUCGGCAUUUUUGCUCAUUUACGGCGAGCUGCCCACCUCGUCGCAGUACAGCAAAUGGCAGGAUGAAAUCAUGCACCAUACCUACAUCCACAGCGAUAUCGAGGGGAUGUUCAAGUCCUUCCGGUACGACACUCAUCCCAUGGCUAUGCUGCAGGCUUCAUUUUCCUCGCUUGGUGCUUUCGCUCCCGAGUCGAACCCAAGCUUGCAGGGGCAGAAACUGUACACCAAUGCAGCCUCUGGUGAUGUGAACGCUCUCAAGAUGCUCGACAAGCAGAUUCUCCGCAUCAUCGGCAAGGCGCCUACGCUGGCUGCUGCUUCUUACCGCAUGCGCCAGGGCAGACCUUUCAAUCGUCCCGCGCAGGGACUCAGCUACACGGGCAACUUCCUGUACUUGCUCGACCACCUGAGCGGACACGAGUACCAGCCUCACCCAGUCUUGGAGCGGGCCCUCGAUGCUUUGUUCAUCAUUCAUGCCGACCACGAGGUGAACUGCUCCACAGCUACGGUCUUACAGGUCGGCUCAAGUCUCGUCGAUCCCUACAGUGUCGUAUCCGCCGGCUGUGCUGCUCUUUACGGCCCCAGCCACGGUGGUGCCAGUGAAAGUGCGAUCCGCAUGUUGAUGGAAAUUGGCAGCCCCGAGAACGUGCCCGCGUUCAUGCAGAAAGUCGAAAAGAGAGAACGUGUGCUUGUCGGCUUCGGACACCGCGUCUACAAGAACGUCGACCCUCGCUCAACCGCCAUCCGCCAGCUUGCUGAAGAGGUCUUCGCUGUGACGGGCAGAAAUCAGCUCCUCGACACGGCGCUGGAGCUUGCCAAGUAUGCUCGUGAGAGCGAAUUCAUGAAGAAGCGCAACUUGUACCCCAACGUCGACUUUUACUCCGGACUCAUCUACCAGGCUAUGGGCUUCCCUCUGGACUUCUACCCCGUUCUUUUUGCCGUUCCUCGCUGCGUGGGCUGGUUGGCCCACUGGAGACAGCAAAUGUUGCAGAAGGGAGGCGUUAAGAUCUGGCGGCCCCGUCAGCUGUACGUUGGAGAGGGAGAGCGCGAGUACAUUGACGCGGAGAACAGGAAAGAGAAGCAGAACAAGUCAGUGUUUGAUGAGCCUGCGCAGGUCAGCCACGGAGGUGACAGCAAGAGGAAUGAGCUCGCGACGUUCAAGGAUGAGAUGGGGCAUGCCUGGAGGGGACGUUCGAAGCUUUGA